AGUGGCGCGAUGUCCGACAAUACAUUACACAUCCGAGAGCAUUUUCCCCCUUUUUCCCUCCGGCCUCCGCAUGUGCCCUAACAUAAUAAGCCCUCCUUUUCGAUCACCAUUGGCGGCCGUCUCCACCGUCCUCUGCCACUCCAAAGCCACACCCACGUAAGAAACAAAGCUUAAAAAAGGGGCUUUGGAUCUGAGCCUUUGGCUCAAAGGGAGAACAUACAGAAUGCGAAAGCCAGGUUUAUGUAGAUUCUUUUGUUUGUUUUGGAAGAGAUCUACUUACUCAUACAGACACCAAAGGUGAAAGAGGAAAUUAACACAACCCACUGGUAAGAAGAAGAGGAACGACAACAAUGUCGGACUUUCUGCCAGAAGACAUUGUGGUGGAUAUCCUUUCGAGACUUCCACCCAAAUCCCUAAUCCGAUUCAGUUGUGUCUCCAAAGUUUGGAACUCUCUGAUCACAAGCCCUACCUUCAUCAGUUCCCACCUCAAUCACUCACUCAGUUACAAUAAUCUCCCACCCUUGAUAGUUAGGCAAUGCAUUCGCACUACCAGAACAGAGCACUAUAAACUAUUUCGUGAUACUGAAGAUGCAUUUCAUGAGUAUCAAGAAAUUGAAUUCCCCCUGAAAAGCCGCAGUCUCCACUUUUAUCACUUACUUGGUUAUGUGAAAGGUUUGUUUUGCCUCUACGAACAGGAUAGCCAUUUUCUUUGGAACCCAUCAAUUAGAAAGUCCUUGACCCUUCCAAAGCCUCGCACUAAGGUCAAGAGUCGAUAUGAUUGUAGACUAGGGUUUGGAUUUGAUACACAUGCCUAUGAUUAUAAGAUUGUGAGAAUUGUUUUUAGUGAAAAUAAACCGCGUCGAGAGACUGAGACGCCUCUAGUUGAGGUUUACUCCCUUAAUGCAGGUGUGUGGAAAAUAAACAGUGGAGCGAGUAACUCCUUUCCACUUGGGUCUUCUAUAAGUCCAUCUCGGCACUUUGCUGCUUGUUUUGACGGUGCUGUUCAUUUCGCAGCUGAGAAUAAUUCUGGUGAGCCAUUUAUUUUGUCCUUUGAUUUGGGUGAUGAGGUGUUUCAAACGAUAUUGUUACCAAAAGGUAUGGUAAACAGGGCAACUGACAUCAAUACUUCAGUAUUCGGGGGAUCGCUAUCCCUGUUAUGUUAUAAUGGCUUUAAGCGAAGUUCUUGUUCCAUUUGGAUAAUGAAAGACUAUGGCGUAGUUGAUUCUUGGUAUAACCCUUUCAAAGUUGAUCUGAAUGUAGAAUUUUUGCGCGUAAUAAGUCUCAGGGAUAAUGGUCAUAUUUUAUUGGAGGGAAAAACACCAAUUGAGUGGGAGCUUUCUUCAUAUGACCCCUGUAGCCAACAAGUUAAGAAUUUGGGAAUUCAAGGUGUUUUUCCUCAUUUUCAUGUUGAUACUUUCGAGGAGAAUCUUGUCUUGCUCAACAAAAAAGAUGUAGUUUCAAGAAGGGGAGUGAGCAGGAAGAGGAAAGACAGAUCCGACGCUGCGUCACUCACACAACAGGAGGAGCUACAUGCACUUAGAGCUGCUAAGGCGGAGAUGAUCCGAUCUUUAGUAGAAGAACGAGAGAGAUACAUUGAAGAACGACGGAGGCUCACCGAAGAAACCAAAGAACGACAGAGGUUCCUCAAGGAACAACAAAGACAGAUAGACCUUUGCCAGGGCAUGGUGACACAAAUCUUGCAGGAACAUCGUGGCGAAGAACGACAGAGACAUAUAGACCUUCUCCAGAGCAUGAUGACAAAACUGAUGCAGGAACAUCGUGUUUGGGAGAGCUCUUCGACAGAGGAUCGCGGACCAACUCUUAGAUAAGCGGUGGGCUCGCGCAAUGAUGGAUUUUUUUUUUUUUUGACUAAAUGUAUUUGGAUACACUUGAUAGGACUUUAUUGGAUGGAUGCAUAUGUAUUUGGAUACUGUUAUUUCGGUGCUAAGAAUGAUCAUAUCUCGAUCGCUUUGAUUUUGUGGAUGAAUCUACGCUUUGUUUGGAUGAAAGGAUAUUACAGAUUGAAUCUA